CACCAGAGUUUCCAAGACAACUGUCUCUCCACGCAAGGCUCUUAUCUGGCAGGUCAACCAAUGUUUGCGCCCAUACAUAUCGAUUAAUCAACCUCAGUUUGCAGACAAGAGAUAUAUCCAUAUAAAACGUCGAUCGUUGCAGUGUUUGAGGACAAUCCAGCAUGGUCUGCGCGAGAAACGUGCUCCUAUUAGGCGCUCUAGAUUAAUACCUCCCUCUUUACCCCACAUGUAGAGACAACAGUUGCACGGUCACCUGUUGCUGUUGCGGUCGGGGGCACAGUUGGAUGCCAGGUAAACCUUGCGGUAUUUACAGAGUUGCAUUGAUUUACGCACUGGCACCAAUUUACUGAAAAACUCCCACAAACUGCAGAAUAUCCUGGAAACUGGGAGCUAUCAGUCUGCCGUUUUGAGCAAACAGUGAAACCAAUGGCUUGGGCGCUGCGGGGUCACAUGGUGACAAAGUGACACACCUGUGUGGAGCCGUAAGGGCCUCGCAGUUGCGCCAGAGGCAGGUAGAGCUGAAGGUCCACGCCGAGGUAGGGCGCAGGUACGGAGGUGUGCGCAAACGGCCCCGCAGCCACGGGUCCUCUCCAGCCAUGAAUCGGGACGGUCAUUAUUAUUCCUCACAGGUUUUUAAAGACUCAUGCGCGUACCAGAGAUCACAGGCUGAUGACUACAGCCACAGCCCGCCACCCUGCCUCUACAUGAGCAGACCGGUCCACUCCGUCUACACACCGUCGUCCAUGGGAGCCUUGGAGCAGGCCGGCCUUCCUGACAUUGCCCCUAGUUACAGUCUACCGAAUAUCCGGGAAGAUCCUGGCGUCCCUCAGCUCCACCACCACCAUCAGCAGCCCCUCCAGCAGCCUCCAGAUUACAGUGACGCUGGGGAACAGAGCAGAUAUCACCUCCCAUUCCCCUGGAUGAAAACCACAAAAUCCCACUCACACACCUGGAAAGGACAGUGGGCAGGGUCUUACGUGAUGGCGGAGAAUGAGGAAAACAAACGCACGAGGACUGCGUACACGCGCGCCCAGCUGCUGGAGCUCGAGAAGGAGUUCCUGUUUAACCGCUACAUCUCGAGGCCGCGACGCGUGGAGUUGGCGCUGACCCUGAGCCUCACUGAGCGCCACAUCAAGAUCUGGUUCCAGAACAGGCGCAUGAAGUGGAAGAAGGAGGAGGACCGGAGGAGGGCGAGGGGGGCUGACCCGGACCAGGACUCCUCCAUCACCUCUGGUGACCAGGGGGAGGCCGCAGGAGGGGUUUCCUCCUCAAAUGGACCUCACACCACCACACCCCCCAUAUCCCCUCUGCACGGGCUCUCCGCAUCUGGCUCUAGAGAGAGCGCAUAGAUCCAGGGAUACUCUUAAGCCUGGGACCUGAAGUCAUAUUUAAGGGAUCAUUUUACUUUUGAUGGAAACUCAAAUCCACAUUUUAGGAGAGCAUUUAAAAAAAAAAAAAAGGUUGAGAGUCAUUAUUGGGGAAAAAACUCUACAUUUAAGGUGUGAGGUGGCAUUUUUGUAAAGUGCUCAUUUGUAGGGACGCCCCUCUCUGAAUUUACUCUUGGACCACCACAAGCCCCCGACUGGAUUUUACAACCUGUCGUUUCUGAACGUAUUUAGUGACAUUUCUUCAUGCUGAUCAUGAAAACAUUCUCUGAGAUAUGUUCAGCACCAGAUGGCAAAGACCAUCUUUCUGCAACAACUCUCACACCGGUUCAGGCUUUGCAGUGAAUUGUUAUUCACCUCAGCAGGCGACAGACCACAGUCAUGUUUAUGAAUGCGUGUUUUUCAUACAUCUGUGUCCGCUUGUAUAUACAUUAAGCUGUAUUUAUGGGGAUUGUUAAUCAGAAUCAAUGAUCCACUUGUUUUAUUGAUUGAAGAAUUUAUGAACACAUUUCGAAUAAAAAAUA